GAAUGUGAGUGUUGAUGGCCUAUAAGUCCAGUGACCAGACAUGCCGUUACAAUCAAAUACAUAAACAUCAACGUGUACUAUAAUAUGUUUAAGUAUUGAUUGAAUGAAUGAAUGAGUGAUACAAUUGUUGACACAUUAACUGUUGUAUAGACUGUGUAUGUGUUUUAGUGAAUGCCAUCUAUUGGUUAAAUACUAGUCACGUGACACACUUGUGUCCACUUAUUGUUGUUGUUGUUGUUGUUUAAGUGUUAGUUUACAUUGAAGAGGACAGUCAUACCAUUAGAUUAAUCGCAAUGUCUUUAAUGGUUGAGAAAAAAGUGAAGAAAAAUAGGAAAACUACAGACAAUAAGUCAUUGUUAAGGAUUGCUGUUACUAACUGUCGAAAGGACAGUAGUUAUAAAAUGUCAUCAAACAGUCAACAAGAAACUGAUGAGUCGUUUGUUGAACAAAUGGCUUACAAACAAAUGGAUCUAACAAUAGAUUAUCUCAAGAGUGACAUUAAGUUUAUAAAAUACUUUGGUGACCGUCUUAAAGGUGACCUACCAAGUGAUUGGAUGGAUCUAUUGUUGAGGUCUUUAACUACAAGUGCUACUCCUGAAGGAAUGUCUAUAUCAGACACCACGACAUCGCCAUUAGACGACAACAUGUCAAGUGAUGAAUCUAAUGGUUCGGAUUCAAGUAUGAGAACUGAGAAAACAGAGAUAUCAAUUGAUUGAAUGGUGUGGGUCGGGUCGGGUCGGGUCGGGUCGGGUGAAGUCGUAUUUUUAACAAAUCUACUAAUUCUAAUAACAAGUUUGUAAAUAACUAACCGAGUUUGAGGACAAACAGAUUGGUUUAGUCCAACAGGCAUUGGAUCAACAAAAUUAUCGUUUGGCUUACUAUGAAUUGAAUGCUGUCAUACCAUUUGGUCCGCCACUCCUGUCGUAUCAAAAUACACGUUCACAACAUCUGUUUAUUGUCGGUCAGUAUCUGAACAAUGGAUGUCAAGAAAUUAAUGUUUACACCAAUACUGUCAGUGGCUAUAAAUUGUUGACAAAACUAUACGCUAUCGAUACCAACAUUAUAACAAAAUUUGUGUCAAAUGGACAUCACUUUGUCAUAGUAGCCAACUCUAGGAAUGUUCACAAUUGGGAACAAUGUCUUAAACUUAACAAAAUGUCUCAAUUCUUACAAUUCGGAAGCGGACCACAGAUUCAUCAAUUGUUUGUCUUCGAUGGCAAUCAACUCAUAUAAAAUGAUUACUUCAAUACAUAGUCAAAGUGUUUCCGAAAUCAAAGUUGUCGUUCAAUAUAAUAAAAACACAUGUCUUUUGAUGGCCAUACCUAUAGUCAACAGUUUUGUUAAGUCAAUCAUCAGUUUUGUGCCGCAAUUUUAUUGAUAAUAAGAUAUUUCUGAAAGAAAUGGUUCCAUUGCCGGGAAUAAAUCAGUAUUCAAUUGUUUCGAGUACUACAUAUAAUCGCACUCUAAUGGCUUCAAUUAAUUCGUGGCAAACAAGACAAGCGAUGUCAGACAUUGUGAUCAGCGACUGGUCGACACAAUUGUCUCAUUUUGAUCAUUCCUUUCAAACCAUACGAUUCCUCAAUCCUUUUGUCAUACAUUUGUCAUACAUUUUGUUGAAAUUGCUUUAUAAUGAAUGCAUAUUUCACAUCUUCAUGUAUAUUACAUAAUACAUACAAAUAGAUAUUUUAGUGUUUUUAAUGCUUGUAAUUAACAUUUGUUUUAAAAUAUUAAUAUUGUAAUUAUUAUUAUUCAUAUAUAAUACGACUCAACUCCUUCCCAACCAUCUAUCAAUUAAAAUAAUUUGAUUUGAUUUUAAUAAAUUUUAACAAAACAAAUAAACUAAGCUUUC